GAGCUGUUUCUGAACGUAGCCAACGGGCUGCCGCACUGACUCCACUGCGAGCCUGUCAAACACAACCAACACAGCCAACAUGGCGGACUGGGACUCUGAGAACUUCGAGCCGGAGGAGCCGAUUAAAAAGGCGGCAGCGAUGGACAAAUGGGAAGGCGAAGACGAAGAAGAAGAGGUUAAGGAUAACUGGGAUGAUGAGGAUGAAGAUGACACAAAAAAAGCAGAGGUGACAAAAACAGAGACAAAGGUUUCUGAGAAAAAAAAGUUGAGUGAGAAGAUCAAAGAGAAGGAAAACCGGCUAAAGAAAAAACAGCAGGAGCUCAAGGAGCUGCAGGAUAAACAAGCAGAUUUAACACCUGAAGAACAACUUGCAGAGAAGUUGAGAGUGAAGAAAUUACAGGAAGACGCUGAUUUGGAGCUAGCAAAAGAUGCUUUUGGUGUCAGCAGCACUUCAAACAGUGUCACUGGGAUUGACGCCAUGUGUCCCUCUUCCAAAGAAGACUUCACAGAGUUUGAAAAGUUGCUGAAAGAAAAGAUUUCUCAGUUUGAAAAGUCUGUGCAUUAUUCAAGUUUCUUGGAUUCAUUGUUUCGGGAACUCUGUAUUUCAUUGGAAGUAGAUGACUUGAAGAAAAUCAGUAAUUCCUUGUCAGUCCUACUUAGUGAAAAGCAGAAACAAGAAAAACAAAACAAAGGAAAGAAAAAGAAGAAAGGAGUCGUACCCGGAGGUGGUUUGAAAGCACAGAUGAGAGAUGACCUUGACUAUGCAGCGUUUGAUGGUGGCUACGCCCAAGACUAUGAGGACUUCAUGUGACACUGGCUCCAUCACUACUGCCCUUUCCCCUUCUCGACCCUCAGAAAUGCAGCUGUACCUUCUCAUGCUGUCCAGUGCCAUCCUGGAAAAUCUGAACUAUGUGUUGCCCCCUUCAUCUUGCUUCAAUGACCAGAGAGACUAUACCAGGGAGCAUCCAGUUCCACCAACUCUUUAUGUUCUUACAUAUGGAAUUGCCUUUUCUCUGUCUCAUUCAGCCUCGAAUCAAACACACAGAAAGCUAUAGUAUGUUGGAUGACCAAGCUUCAGUGAAGAGUACAUCACAACUGCUGCUGUCUGAGUUUUGCAGGUGACAUUUCUAUUAAAUGUUGCUCCUGUUAAAAUGUCAGAUACAGAAUUGCGGUUGUAAGUGUAUUGACAUAGAAACACAAGGUUCUAUGCAAAUUCUUAAACCAGAAUGUCAUGUAUAUAUUAUGGGUCUCACUUACCUGUGGAGGGUUUUCUAACAGGGAAGUAUAUAGUAUCUAUAACUUGGGUUGCCAAAUUCAAAAUGAUUAU